CUCGGCCGGGUGAUUCACUCACUCCCUCCUUCGCCCCGGGGGCCCCCUUCCCAGCCAGACGGCGGGCCAGACGGUUGGGUGUGCUGCGUCCUCGAACCCUCGAGCCAGCGAGCAGAUCCUCUGCGCUCCCAGGGACUCCGGCCCUUGCCAUGGCGGAUUCCGAGCGCCUCUCGGCCCCCGGCUGCUGGGCAGCCUGCACCAACUACUGGCGCACCCGAAAGGGACUUCUCCUGUUUGCUGAGAUUUUACUCUGCCUGGUGAUUUUGAUUUGCUUCAGUGCUUCCACAUCAGCAUACUCCUCCCUGUCGGUGAUUGAGAUGAUCAUCGCUGCUGUCCUGUUUGUCAUCUACAUGUGUGAUCUGCACACCAAGCUGCCAUUCAUCAACUGGCCCUGGAGUGACUUCUUCCGGUCCCUCAUAGCAGCGAUCCUCUACCUGAUUACCUCCAUUGUUGUCCUUGUUGAGAGAGGAGGCCAUUCCAAAAUCGUCGCUGGGGUGCUGGGCCUAAUGGCUACUAUACUCUUUGGCUAUGAUGCCUACUUCACCUUCCCUCUUCGGCAGCAAAGACACACAGCAGCCCCCACUGACCCCACAGAUGGCCCGGUGUAGGUGAACCUCACACAUUUCUCUCUGCAACCUGCAAAUAACUCUUCCAAUAGAAAAAACUCCUUCCCGCCCCUACAACACUCCCAGCCAAGCAACUCCCAACCCCCAUUGAGGUAAAACUGCCUUAAAUGGGAAAAUUUUUGUCUUCCAGCCUGCCAAUUGACCCUUCUGUAUGUGGUCACCUUUAUAUGUGUGCCUAGGUCUCCCUCCCUUCUGCAGUGUCCAUAAGGAGACACCAGUUCUUCCUGGACCAUACCCUAAGCUACAAAAUGAGGGAGGUGGGUGCCUCUAAUUUCAGGGUGACUCAUUCCAAAUAACCUCCUUAGCGUGGGGGGUGGGCAGUG